GCGAAUAAGAUAGACCGGCGCCGCAGUCGACCACCUGACCGACGAUAACAAACCUGCUAACUCGGCGUGUACGCUCUCGUUGCAUGCCAUUUUCGACAAAUUUACUGACAGAUCUCGCACAAAAUGAUGAAAGAUCAGGAGCCGAUUCUGCCUGAGAGACAGAUGUUCAAGACGGUGUUUUCAUAUUGUGUGCUGAUCAUUGCGGCGCCUGUGCUCACCUUCUUCCUGGCAAAGUACUACUUCUUUGACCUGAUGUUUGGUGACGGUGUUCCCAGCAAUGUUUGGUCGGCGCUCAGUUCAGUGGUGGUGCUUCACGUCGCACUCGGCCUCUUCAUAUACCGCGCGUACUCAGAGGCGACGAUAACAAAACCCACCACUAAAGAGGACUAAAAGAGACUAUUCCUCCAUUUGCAAUGCAGACUAGUCCCUUCACUUCUGACCCCUGUAUUAUAAUUAUAUGUUAUUAUCUAUUGUGUUAAUGUUCUGUCACUGUGAAUCAUUCAUUCGUGUGGUUGAAUAAAUUAUAAAUUUUGUAACA